GAUUUUGUUCAGAGGCCAGUUUUAAAAAGCAAAAUAGAAAAGAUUCUUUUUAUAUUUGUAUGGUUAAUAACUUCACACGAAAACUGUUUAUAAUAGUUUUACCUUAAAAGAAUUAUCUGGAAUUUAUCAAGAUCGUAAAUGACAUACCGGGACAAGGCUCAUUUAGGGAUUAUUUGGUUCUUUGUGAGCUGAAUUUCAAAUGAGACUGACAUAGGCCCAAAGGUUGACAAGGCCAGAAUUGUUCCACAAGGUUGUCAAGGAUGAUUCCAACCAUUGGCAUAGUAUUUGUCAUCGUAUUUUGGUUAAUUGUCUUCUUGACUGACAGGAUACUUUCGUCCAGAAGAUUUGUGGCUCAGUACAGAAAGUUACUGGAGAAGACUGGUAUUACUGUAUCAUUUCUUCAAAUUAAAUCAUACACAAAAUAUUUCAAUAAAUGGUUCCAACAAAUUGGCAAAAUCCACGGACCUUUAAUGCAGUUAUGGUUCAAUGGAGGUGUGAUAUUUGGUGGCUUUGCUAUGGUAUUCUCAGUGUAUAUUCUUAGUAAGAUGCUUUAUAAAAACAUGACAGAAGAAAAACCAGAACAGAUGCUGACACCUGUUAUACCUGGAGUCAAUAUUCCAUGGCAACAUUUAAUUUACUACUUUCUAACCCUGGCUGUUGGGGGAACACUGCAUGAAAUGGGCCAUGCUAUUGCAGCUGCAAGGGAAAAUGUCCGUGUUCUUGGCUUUGGUUGGUUCAUUUUGCCAAUUUUUUGUGGGGCAUAUGUUGAACUCCAGACUGACCAUCUACAAGUGAUUUCAGCCUUUCGCCAACUGAGGAUUUACUGUGCUGGCGUCUGGCACAACUGCAUCUCUGCGUUGAUUGCCGCAGGCCUUUUUUUCGUACUACCAUCCAUCUAUUUGCUGUUUUAUUCAACUGAAGGUGGAGUUGUUGUAUCGGAUGUUUACAAGGAAUCUGUUGUUUUUGAAACAUUACCUCGUGGCAGCGUCAUCACUACAAUCAACAGCUGCUUGGUGAAAACAGUGCCUAGUUUUGUUACCUGCGUCAAUGAUGCUUCGCAGAAAGGAAAUAUCGGAUAUUGCCAUUCGAUGAAUGCCAUUAUCAGGAGAAACACAUCAACCCAGCAUUUAUCUUGGAAUGGACACGAGCCCGAAUGCUGUGGAAAAGAUUCCCCUUCAAAAUUUUGUUUUUCUCACACAAUCGAUUCUGUCCUGACUCACUCGUGUUUGCCCGCCAGAAAAUUUGUUGUCAACGACUCCCCCUGCUACAAAAACAGUGACUGCAGUGACCCAAAGGCUGGGAUUUGCGUUGUACCCUUCACCAGCAAAGAAAAUAGGUUUUUAAAGUUAACACACACACUGGGACAGGAUGUGCUUUUCGUUGGAAACCCCUACGAACUAUUAGCACAUGUUUCUGUGAGUGACUACGUACCAAAGUCCAGUUUCAUCCCCUUGGACAUUCCAGAUUACAUUCAAACACUACUUGUAUAUUUCGCUUCACUAUCCGGUGCCUUGGCCAUACUCAAUAUGAUACCUUGUUACUGCUUAGAUGGUCAGUGGACUUUGCUGGCGUUCAUGGAAUAUUUUCUAAAAAGAUUAGUAAAAAGUGAAGUUGUCAGGAUAGCAAUGUACCACGUGACUUUACUUCUUGGAACGGGUUUGUUACUUUUGAAUCUCGUGUUUGGUCUCUGGAAUUUAAGGGGUCAAGGAAUUUUAUCUUCGGUGCCACAAAGUGGCGAUAGUAGCUCGUAGAUCAUAUUUUUACCUCAUAACUGUACAUAGAUCAUUUGUAUUAUUUCAUUGCAUUAAAUACAAACUUUGCAUCCAUUUUUUCUGUGUUCUUUUCAAGUUGAUUUUAAUUGCCUUAUGCUGCAAAUGCAGGGACCGAUGAAAACAGGUCGUUCAGUCUUCGGUCUUUCAUGUUUUGUAUACUAUAGUGAGACCAGAUAUCCCGGAACCCGAACUGCAUAUCAUCUUCAGUCGCCUUAAAUGGUGGGCCUACGUUACUUAUUGUACGUUACAUAAUAAGAGAGAUCCUGUGUUGCCCUCCGAACCCAUUACUGUUUUUACCUUGCUCGUUAAUUUAUCAAGCUCCGGUUCAGAUCCUGUGCAAACGGUUGUUCUGGAUGUGAUCGGAUACAUAAAACUGGUCGGACCAUUCGACAACCCUCCAGUUGUUUUACAGCGGUUCCCUGACUCUGUCGCCCACCCAAGGCACUUUACCAAGAUGUAACCAAUACAUAUUACCAUUCAAAAAAAGCUUUUUGAAGCGACCCUUCAAUGUUAAUUGUUAAGCU